AUGCCUCUACCUUACGUUGACGAGAUUCUACCAAACGCCAUCCCCCGACCAGUGCCUAUGCCCGUGCCAACAGUUCCUGCAGCUCCCAUAACGACGGCCAAACUAUCCGUCAUCGAACAGUCAAAGCGCCUAGCCGCUUAUACUGCGGUCGACCAGCACAUUCUCCCCAAACACAAGGUCAUUGGCAUUGGCUCAGGAUCCACCGUGCCAUAUGUCGUUGAGCGCAUCGUACAACAAGGCGAGGAACUGAACAAGGGCCGCGUGUUUGUUCCCACCGGGUUCCAGUCUAAGGAACUUAUCGUAGAAUCAAAACUGUCUCUCGGCGAUGUUGACCAAUUCCCCACGAUUGACGUGACAAUAGACGGGGCCGAUGAGGUUGACAGCGAAUUGAACUGUAUAAAAGGAGGUGGUGCGUGUCAUCUGAGGGAGAAAGUACUUGCAGAAGCCGCAGAAACGUUCGUGCUGGUUGCAGACUACCGGAAAAACGUCCAAUACCUGGGAACUAACUUCCCGGGUGUUCCCAUAGAAGUCGUCCCUUUCGCAUAUGCCAAAGUACUGCAAAAUCUGCAUCACAGGCUCGGUUCACCGAAGGCGACCCUCCGAAUGGCCAAGGCCAAAGCCGGUCCAGUGGUUUCGGAUAACGGCAACUUCAUCAUUGAUGCACCGUUCUCGCUGGAGGCGAUGAAAGACCCCUUCAUGCUUAUGGCAAGAAUAAAGAUGCUUACGGGUGUAGUGGAAGUUGGUCUAUUUUGUCAUAUGGCUCAGGCUGCCUACUUCGGAAAUCAGGAUGGAAGUGUUACAGUAAAGAGCAGGUUAGAAGGGGAGGUUAUUGAAGAAACUAUAUCUCCAGCUUAA